GGUCAUUCACAUGCUUGGGACUCAUUUGCUACCCAAUUGGAUUGCUUGAGAGAUUAUUUAAUCUUGUGUUCAUUUCAUGGCUAAAGUUUGCUGUUCAAUCGAGACGGAGCCUAGAACCUUGAGUGAAGGGCAACUCAACCAUGCUAGGGAAAUGGCUGCUGAUGUCGUUGAGAAAAUGGAACCAACUGAAGCCUCAGCUAUAUUCAUUGAAGGACUGAGACCAGUAAUUGGUUCAGUGAAGGAGAUGAAGCAUAUGACUGACAAAGAGGGUGAGCAACUACAAUUGCAGACUAAGCUUGUGGAGUGGAAGGAGGAGGCUCAAAUUUUAGAAGGGCCUUGCCAAUGCUUGUGUUCUACUGCCAUUGUUGAAACCCCCGAUCAAGAAACGCGGCUUACAGAACCCGUGUCGGCCCCAUUUUGAUAGUUUUCGUUGUUCAAAAUUUAUAAUUUAACAUAUUGUGUUAUCAGAUAAUCGAUUGUGUGAUUAGAGAAUAUUAUAUAUAUAUGUGAAAUAACAUAUACAAGCUUUUGUACCAAUUUUAAAUGUAAGAUUAAUUAACAACGGUUCAAAAUCACAUUUUAACAGUUAUUGUAGUGUUGAUAUUUCCAAAGAAUGCAGAUGUAAUUAUUGGGUCUCCAUAGUAACU